AUGCGUAUUCCCGUAGAUCCGAGCACCAGCCGGCGCUUCAGCCCCCCCUCCAGCAGCCUGCAGCCCGGCAAGAUGAGCGACGUGAGCCCGGUGGUGGCUGCGCAACAGCAGCAGCAGCAGCAACAGCAGCAGCAACAGCAGCAGCAGGAGGCGGCGGCGGCGGCGGCGGCGGCGGCAGCGGCGGCCGCAGUGCCCAGGUUACGGCCGCCGCACGACAACCGCACCAUGGUGGAAAUCAUCGCCGACCACCCGGCCGAGCUGGUCCGCACCGACAGCCCCAACUUCCUGUGCUCGGUGCUGCCCUCGCACUGGCGCUGCAAUAAGACUUUGCCCGUGGCCUUCAAGGUGGUAGCCCUUGGAGAGGUACCAGAUGGGACUGUGGUUACUGUCAUGGCCGGUAACGAUGAAAAUUAUUCUGCUGAGCUCCGAAAUGCCUCUGCUGUUAUGAAAAACCAAGUGGCAAGGUUCAACGACCUGAGAUUUGUGGGCCGGAGUGGACGUGGCAAGAGUUUCACCUUGACCAUAACAGUCUUCACAAAUCCUCCCCAAGUAGCCACCUAUCACAGAGCUAUUAAAGUUACAGUGGAUGGACCCAGGGAACCCAGAAGGCACAGACAGAAGCUUGAUGACUCUAAACCUAGUUUGUUCUCUGACCGCCUCAGUGAUUUAGGGCGCAUUCCUCAUCCCAGUAUGAGAGUAGGUGUCCCGCCUCAGAACCCACGGCCCUCCCUGAACUCUGCACCAAGUCCUUUUAAUCCACAAGGACAGAGUCAGAUUACAGAUCCCAGGCAGGCACAGUCUUCCCCGCCAUGGUCCUAUGACCAGUCUUACCCCUCCUACCUGAGCCAGAUGACAUCCCCAUCCAUCCACUCUACUACCCCGCUGUCUUCCACACGGGGCACUGGGCUUCCUGCCAUCACGGACGUGCCAAGGCGUAUUUCAGAUGAUGACACUGCCACCUCUGACUUCUGCCUCUGGCCUUCCACUCUCAGUAAGAAGAGCCAGGCAGGUGCUUCAGAACUGGGCCCUUUUUCAGAUCCCAGGCAAUUCCCAAGCAUUUCAUCCCUCACUGAGAGCCGCUUCUCCAACCCACGAAUGCACUAUCCAGCCACCUUUACUUACACCCCGCCAGUCACUUCAGGCAUGUCCCUCGGUAUGUCCGCUACCACUCACUACCACACCUACCUGCCACCACCCUAUCCCGGCUCUUCCCAAAGCCAGAGUGGACCCUUCCAGACCAGCAGCACUCCAUAUCUCUACUAUGGCACUUCAUCAGGAUCCUAUCAGUUCCCCAUGGUGCCAGGGGGAGACCGGUCUCCUUCCAGAAUGCUUCCGCCAUGCACCACCACCUCGAAUGGCAGCACGCUAUUAAAUCCAAAUUUGCCUAACCAGAAUGAUGGUGUUGACGCUGAUGGAAGCCACAGCAGUUCCCCAACUGUUUUGAAUUCUAGUGGCAGAAUGGAUGAAUCUGUUUGGCGACCAUAUUGAAAUUCCUCAGCGGUGGCCCAACGGUAUCUGGGAAGCAUAUCCCAAACGUAUCAACAUAUACAUAUAUAUAAAAGUGCAUAUAUAUGUAUAUCGAUUAGCUAUCUGAAAGUGCCUCUUUUUUAGAAGAUUUUUUUCAUUUACUCCGUCAUGAUCUUGUAACCAUCAGACGGUAGAUAUUGAGAACCAAAAAGCCUGAGAGAGACAGUUGUACAAUCAGAUUUCAGAUUGUUUCUGUUUUAUAUGUACUUUUUCUAAACAAAGGGAAAGAAAGGUAUUUUUUUGGGUUGCUGUUGUUUAUUAUCAUAAAUAACUUGUUCAUAUGCCAGUUCAGAGAGGUGGACUCCAGGUUCAGGGGGAAGAAGAGCAAAGCUGCUUCCUCUCUGUGCUUUGAAACCAUAUGCCCUCACGUUUGCAGCUGUGUAAGGAACCAGCGCACACUGCAGAACAGCUUACAAAGCCAGGCGAGGUGCAUGCAAAGGGGAAAGAGGUAGAAUGGACUCUUCUUUUACUGAAUGAUCCAUUCAGAAGAAACACUCCAAACAUUGCUUUCAGAUUUUCUGCAGGUACUCAUUUGAACUGUUUGGUUCAUUUUUUUCCCCCUAUAGUAAGAAAGUGACUUCAAGAUAAUAAUCAGGAUAGGUUAUUUUAUUUUUACCUUGUUAACACAUUUUUUCCCUUUUUCUCAUUUAACUAAAUAAGAAGCUCUAUCUUAAAAUUUCCUCUUCUCCUUUAUGCAAAACUGAAUAUGGCAAUACUUUAUGAUUAGCCAUAAUGGUAUAGGUAGUGUUUGAGUUUGGCUGUAUGUUAUUUGUUUUCUUUUUUUUUUAAAUUAUGAAUAUGUGUAAAAUCUGAGGUGACUUGCUAACAUGAAUGGUCAUAUAACUUUAAAGAUAUAUUUAUAAUUAUUUAAUGACCUUUGGACCCUUGAAACAUUUCUUAGUGUUUUGAUAUGUUGACUUCGGUCUCUAAAAGUGCUCUUUAUUGAAUAACAGAUUUCUUCAGUGGGCUAGAGCCAUAUCUGAAAUAUUGCUAAGCAAUUUCAGUUCAUCCAGGCACAAUGUGAUUUUUCAAAAUACUUCCAUCAUCAAAUAUGUUAGAUGUAGCUUCUGUUUUUGUAACGUAUGAAGGAUAUGUUAUAUUUAGUGCUUUUCAGUUCUUUGAUUGCCUCUAAAACAGCUUUGCCUUUUUUUAAAGCAAUAAUUAAGGGUUUGAAAAGCAGCUCUUAGGCCUCUAUCACUUAUGUGGCCCUUUAGCAGCAUAAAAUGCUGGAGUUAUGUGGUUUCCUAAUUUCUUCCAAAUAAUGAUGAAUCUUGUCACAUUAAAAAGACAAGCACAAGUGCACUGCGGACAAAUUUUCUGCGGUUUCAUAGUUAGAACAAAACUCUAUAUCGCCAGGCUUCAUAGUGAAGUCAUUGUUUAGCUGAAAGCCACACAUGUGGCUUAAGGAUCAGUCUUGAUUCAUAUAUUGAUAGUACAGGAAAGCAAAAUUGCACUAGGAAUUCUUAACCAAUCUGCCUUACCAAAGAGUAAGUCAAGGGAACCCAAAUCUGCCUUACCCAAGACCUUAUUUUCAGUUCCCCACAGAAUUUGCACUUAAAGAAUGAAGCCAUUGUCUUUUGGGAGAGGGAUCCUCUCAAGUAGCAGGCCAGUCCCAGCAGAUAACUUGUUUUGAGAGAACACAGAGCCUGUGGGAGACUUACUAGCUUAAUACAGCCUCCCAACAUUUGUGUUUCUCACAAUGGAGGGCAAAUGGAGGAAGACAAGGCUCUGUGGAAUUUGGUGUCUACUACUAUGUGUAUGGAUUUUAGUUAAAACUCUCCUGUAGGAUGCACUUUGAUCACUUCUGGUGGCCACAGGACAGAUUCAGUAGUGUGAAAAGGUAACCCAAGCCAGAACCAUUAAAUGACACCACCUGGCAAAUCUCUCCCCUCCUCACCCACAGCUCAGGAACUUUUUAUUGGAAUUCUGAGUCCCUUUCAAACAGAACUUUAUAUAGCUUUUUUUCUCCAGACCCCAGAGGACCCUUGCCUUAGGACCCUUAACUGUCUAGUUACCCUCCAGUCCACCUCUGUAAGCCACCACAUAUUCUGGGACAACUUGUGGGGCAGUUGGAUCUAUGCUUCUUGCCUGGGAGACUCCCUUGGAAUUCGUCCUGACUCCUCCUAAUAAAAUUCAAGGAGAGACAAAAACAAAACACUUUGCCUUCUAAAGGUUGUAUACCAAGUAUGCUUAGAUAAAUAAGCCACUUUUCUAUUACUUAAGUAAGAUGGAAGUAGUAAUUGAUACUAUUUAUUGUUUAUGUGUGGUAGCUUGAAGCUACUACCACUGUCCAUUUAUUUGUAAGUGUAAAAUACGUGUUUUUGUUUCAGCAGCACUUAAAAAAGCCAGUGUCUGGUCACACAUUACAAUUUUAAUUAAUUGACAUAAAAAUGUUACCGCCAGUGCCAGCUGUACCCUAUUUAAUAAAAAAAGGUACUAUAGUUGUACAUUAUUUUUUAAUGUUAAAAGGGCUUUUUUUUAAGUUUACAGUACACAUACUAAGUGAUUUUAGGGAUGCUUUUGUGUUGAAAUAAUAUUAUAGUGGCUGCAGGCAGCAACCCAGAAACACUUUAAAAGUUUUUUUUCCCCCCUUUGGGGAAAAAUUUAAGCACUUCUUCCUUCUACCGUCAGUCAGCCCACCCCAGUGGCUUAAUUCACAUUUCUUAGACCAAAUUCUCCCCCUUUUUGGCCUGCGGGGUUAAGAUUUUCUUUUGUUUUUCAUUAUUAUUACUUUUUUUCUUUUUUAAACUGAAUCCUUGAUUUGCACUGGGUCAUGCUUAUGAUUUGUAAUUUCAAGACCAAAGGAAGCCUUACUACUCCUAUGGAGCCAUGUGCUAGCGAACACUCGAGUUUUCUUCAGGUUAAGAUAGCAUGGUUCUCUCUAUAGCAAAUAGAUAUAUCUGGAGUUUACAGAGUGACCAACACAACCUCCUUUUUAUCUGGUUCAGUUGUCUCAUGCAUUCUAACCUAUUGUCUGAGUUCCAGAAAAAAGUAGUAGGUACCACUACUUUGGUUUUAGAUUAGUGGAAUGACAUUUAGCCUGGAACUGAGGCUCAGCAGACUAGCUGUUGUUUGCUCUUUAGACUGUCUUAUCCCACCAGGGUCCUUUAAAUAUGAGCAUAAUAAUAAUAAUAAUGAUAAUAAAUCACACACUAUCCUUAAUGACCACCCAUUGCAAAUUCAGAGGGGAAGAGACGUGUGCUGGCUUAAAGAGGUCCCUCCAUCCCCAGGAAAGGGGCUGACUGGGACUCUCGGGUAAUACAUAGAAACACAAAGCAUUAACAAAGACGACAAUUAUAUCUGUGAUCUCUGAAAGAACAGUAAUAAGUAAAACAAAUGAAAGACAACUCUUCCAAACCUUGAAUUUGUUGUUCUUCAAGAAGAUAAUGCAUUUUAAAAUCGUUUUCUAUGUGAGAAAUUUUAGAUGUUUGUUUACUUCAUGUUUACAAAUAACUAUUUGCUUUUUCAUGCAGUACUUUUGAAAUAUUAUCAGCCAAAAUCAUAACUUACAGUAAUUUCUUAGGUAUUCUGAGUAAAAUUCCAUUUCUUUGGUUAUGCCUUACCAUUCUUAGAUUUCUGUGGAACAAAAAUAUUUGUAGCAUUUUGUGUAAAUACAAGCUUUUCAUUUUAAUUUUUUCCCCAUUGCUGUUGCCCAAGAUUUGCUUUCCAUGCACAUAUUGUACAAAUUCUGCUUUGUACCACAGGUCAUGAUUGUGGAUGAGUUUACUCUUAACUUCAAAGGGACUAUUUGUAUUGUAUGUUGCAACUGUAAAUUGAAUUAUUUGGCAUUUUCCUCAUGAUUGUAAUAUUAAUUUGAAGUUUGAAUUUAAUUUUCAAUAAAAUGGCUUUUUUGGUUUUUUU